AUGGGCAUUGUAAUAAUUGUUCUGAAGACUUUGAUCCUCGUGAAGCUUCGAGCUAUACAUCAGCAACCACAACCGGCUGGCGCAUUGGUGUCGAGAGAAAAGAAAUUCAAACAGAAUCCAGUAAAUUUCGACCUAAAUCCAUACUAUGUAAUAAUCGCGGGUGCUCUCUUUAUUGGUCAACUGAAGAUUAACCUUACGUUGACCAUAUCUGUUGCUGCGGAGAGAUUAAUGGCUCUAUCGUUCCCAGUCGUGAUUCGUGACUUGUACUUCUGCUCGUAUGCAACUUUCUGCUUGUUUGUCGGAUUUUUACUGGGGGUUUUCGAUGUCAUUCUGGAACUCUCAUUUUCAAAGCUCAACAGGACUCCGGGCUGUGGGGUUGUUCGGUGCUUUUUAGAUGUCAAGUUCCGCUUUUACUAG